GGGGCGGGGCGCACGCGCGACCAACCGCCAAUAGGAGCAGAUGCAAAGCUGAAGCUUAUCAGAAAAGCAGAAAUAAAUAAAAUACUUGUUAUAUGAGAAAAAUAAAAUGCGUGGCUUUCCCACGAGUGUCGGGAUUUCGUGGCGUAAACAGCGAGGGGAAGAGGGGCCGUGUUUCACGCCGUGAAGCCCGCACACCGACACACACCGACCCCGCGGGCUACAUAACGGUACAAUACCGAGCAGGAUGGCCUGGAUCUGUAAGAAGAAGUGGGUGCUAGUGAGCAGCCUGGUGUUGGCCGUGACUCUCUUCCUGGUGCUGAUGAAUUACCUGGAGAAGCCAUACUUACGGUUACAGCCCAUGCUGCCGUAUGGUUUCAGAUCCCACUGGAUAUCGUCAUGGCAGAUCAAAGCGGUACGAGCACAUCCGGGCUACGUCAGCGUCCCCAAGAGGGAGCCGCUGAAGCUGAGCUGUGAUGUGUGCAGUGUGGUGUCGAGCUCGGGGCAGGUUCUGGGUCGUGGUGCGGGGACUGAGAUCGAUGGCGCUGCCUGCGUUUGGCGGAUGAACAACGCUCCGACGCUACGGUAUGAGAGAGACGUGGGCAACCGCACAAACCUGCGAGUGGUCUCGCACACCAGCGUGCCUCUCCUGCUGCACAAACCGCAGCACUUCUUCGGCCCGGCAUCCAACGGCACCGUGUACGUGGUGUGGGGGCCGCGGCGCAACAUGAGUCCCGAUGGAAAAGGCCUGAUAUACAACAUGCUGAGACGCGCCGCAGACGACUUCCCCAGUGCUCGCAUCUACGUCACCACUGACGAGCGCAUGGAUUACUGCGACAAGGUGUUCAAGAAGGAGACGGGCCGGGACAGGAUUACCUCGGGGUCGUACCUGAGCACCGGAUGGUUCACCCUCAUCUUAGCCAUGGACAUGUGCAAGGAGAUCCGCGUGUACGGGAUGAUCAAUGACACCUACUGCAAAUCUGAAGGCUACAGGAAGGUGCCGUAUCACUACUACGAAGCCGGAAGCCGUGACGAGUGUGCAGAGUACAUCCUGCAUGAGAGUGCCCCUUAUGGCGGCCACCGCUUCAUAACAGAGAAGACCGUUUUUGCCAAAUGGGCCAAGAAACACCCUAUCAAGUUUUUCCACCCUGAAUGGCAGCUGUCAUGACCAAAGCAGGCCUACGGUUUGUCUUGAGCACUGAGGCCUGAUUGGUCCAAAAACACUAUGUCUUAAUGCACAAAUGAACAAGUGGCCAUGAGCAGGCCAGAACCUGUCCUGAUUACACGCUGAUUACAGUGUGGAUCUGAAGGGUUAUAAUAGGAAGGAAGAGAGACUUGUUCUGAUGUUUGGGACACUGCAUGUUUUUAUGAACAACAGGACAAUUCCAUAGCUGAAGUAACAAACCACAUCACAACGUUAAUGUGCACGUGUGUAAGGAAUCAAUGUAGCCAGAGACAAAGGGCCAUAUUUACUAAAGUUUUAGCUUUUUAUUUAUUGCACAGGGGUUCUUAAGUACCAGUCUGUUUUGAAGCAGUCACUACUCCCAACCCCUUCAUAAAGGCAACUCAGUUUAUGUUACCCCUGGACAGUCAUCGUACUCCGCUGUGGUACGACAGAUGAGCUUGUUCAGCAGUUCAUCAAGAUAAUCAGCAACAGUUUAUCAGGCCUGGACGUGGUGCCAUUAACAGACCUCACAUACAUCCAUCAAAACCAUUGCGGUAUUCACUCUGAUGCCCCCCCCAGGAACCACCAUGCAGUCCUGAGGUUAGGAACCUCUGAUUUAUAGAAAUAUCCCUUCUAGAGGGUUAUUGUAAUUAAACGAUUUAUUCAGGUCUAUAAACGCAAUUUGCCUCCCCCCCAGCAUACUGGGGACCAGCAACCAAUCAGCUUUACUCUUUGAGUUUCUUCAGAAACGGUUCCUAAAGGCUUCCUUAAUAGUGCUUUGGACAGAAAACAGAACCCUUAGAUUUCCCACAGACAAAUGAAGAUCCCUGAAGGUAUUCCUACAGUCUAUUUACUCCUCAACACCUAAACAGGUUCCUCAUUCUGAUCCACCUGGGGGAACCUGUGCAAAGUCUAUUGUCCCUACUUCAGAGCUUUUGCUUUGGAGAACAGGUUGAGAUCCCUGACAGAAAGCUGAAUGGUUAGAAGGUCUUGUUAUACAAAUCACAUAUUUUUUUAAAACAGUAACACACCUGUUGAUGUUAUGCAGGAUAAAUCAGAAGCUUACGUUUUGCUACACAGGAUGUGCUUGCAUAGUCUCGUCAGCCACGCCAACCUGCGCAAGUAGCAGCUGUUAUUUAACUCUUUUCUUAGUUAAUAUGGCCCAAAGGAUCACUCGUCAUAGGACGACUUACACUUAGGGGGCAGUACGAAGGUAGUGAGUGGAAUGUUUACGUAACUGGGUGUGUAUGUUACUUAUUUUGCUGAACUUCUUGGAGGUAAAAAAAGAAGAAAAAGACAAACCCUGAUGAGGAACCUCAUGAUAAAAUAACUCGCAGCUUUUUUUGUGUGUUUUCCUAAGAAUUUACAUACAUACGAGCCCUAAUGAUCAAACUGAGCAGGAUUCCUCCUGGUAUUAGCCUGCCAGGUUUUAAGCUAAGUGUUAGUUCAGCAUUUGCAUAGAAGAAUUAUUAAUAAGUUCACAUCUGUGCUGUGAAACGAGAGACGGGAAAGAAAACGUGGGCAGUUACUCGUGUUAAAAAACGUGAACGAGGACGCUUUCAUCUGCCGCCGCUAGCGAGGAAGUGCCUCGUCAUGAGGGUCAAGUCACUGAUAGAUAGCUGAGUAGGAAAGUUUCCUUUUUUUUCUUCAAUUCAUUUAUUAUUGGCACCCAGAUAAAAAUCAUCUAGUCACAUGUUUUUUUUUUCCCCAUCUUAUCAGCCUGUUCUCAUCAAAUCCACCACAAGUUUUUUUAUUUUCCUCACAGUCUCACCAUGACUCAACAAUGCCUGCACGAGGGUGGAACAGCGCUAAUUGAAAUACUGGAUUGAAGCUGGAAUGAAAACAACAAGUGCGAAGGAUGGAUGUUUUCUCUCUCGCGUUACUGCUUGUUUGUCUGAGCUAAAAGGCAAAGCAGGAAAUUCGAUUUCUUUAUGUCAUGAUCGUUAUCAUAAUGAAAUUUUUACAACGUUCGCUCAGGCUUGUUCUGUAAAUCUGUUUUCUUUACUACUGAUCUGUUUCGGAUUGAAAAUGAACAAAGCGACGGCAGAAAAAAAAAACGUCUCCUGAAGAUAUUUGCUGCUUAAUAACCAGAGUGAAACUGAAGUGUGCCGAAGUUCAGCUUUUAAAACGUUCCUCAUCUGACAUUCCUCACCAAAUACAGAUCAAACACAAUUUGAUCAGCUCCACCUACCACACAGGACACUCUGUAGGUCUCUAAUUACUGCCUGUAGCCCAUCUGUUGCUGCACACAAUGUUUUGGCCCCCUUCUAACCUGUCUAUCGGUGGAAAGGGAACACCGCAGGAACAGAUGUUAUUUGGUUGGUGGUUCAUUCUCAGCACAGCAGUGUGUGUGUGUGUGUGUGUGUGUGACCAUCUAAAGCUGUUGGAUGUUGGAUUGCUCAGCACCUCCACAAACCAUGGCCAGAAACCGACACCGAUGAAGACUCUAGUCAAACUGUAGGACUGUUUUAUUCGGCUCGAGUUCUGUCUAAUCCCACCCACUCUCAGUGGAAUUCUACCUAAUCCCUCCUACUGCCUUAGGAAUUUUAUCCAUCACACCAGUUUCAUAGGAAUUCUGACCAAUUUCACCUACUCCCAAAGGCAUUCGAUUGAAUCCUCCCUACACCCACAGGAAUUCUGUCUGUCUCCUCCAUUUCCAUAGGAAUUCUGAAACUCAUAAAGAAUUUGAACCCAUCUCACAUCCUCCUAUAGGAAUUCUGACUAAUCCCACCCAGUCCAGUAAGGAAUACUACCUAAUCCUUUCCACUCCCAAAGGAACCCUGACCAAUCCUGAUGGAAUUCUUGACCAAUCCCACUGUCAUUAUUCUUAGUGUUUACCUGCCAGUCCUUGUAUUUCCCAAAUCUAAAUAAAUUACACCACCAUGACCGUGACCAGAAUAAAGCAUGUGUUGAAGAUGAAUGAAUGAAUGAAGUGAUGGAUGGAUGGAUGGAUGAAUGAAUGAAUGAACAAAUGGAUGGAUGGAUGAGUAGAUGGAUGAACGAACGGAUGAAUGGAUAGAUGGAUGGAUGGAUGAAUGAAUGGAUGGAUGGAUGAACAAAUAGAUGGAUAAAUGAAUGGAUGGAUGGAUGAAUGAAUGAACAUAUGGAUGAAUGGAUGUAUGAAUAAAUAGGUGGAUGGAUGGAUGGAUGAACGAAUGAAUGAAUAAAUGGAUGGAUGAAUGAAUGAAUGAAUGAACGGACGGACAGUCAAAUGAACGAAAUAAAGAACAAACGAACGCACUGCUUGCAGCAUGCUCCUAUAUUGAUGAACGUGGCAUUUCCUCGUCCCAUGAGUUCCAUAUCUGACCUCACCACACACUGCAGCCUGCGUGGGGAGGAAGUAAUGAAUAGUAGUAAUUAAUCAUAAAAAAAACCACAUUUAUCAUAUCACUUUUCAUUUCAUUUCUUUUCAUUUGUGCGUGUUAGUAAAACUCGCCCAGGUAAGACCAUUAACACCCCGCGUGCACGGAGGACAUGCAGGUCAGUAAGGUAGGAGUGAAGACUCGCGGAUGAAGCAGACAUGAAGCACUGCUCCUUCACCCUCGGCUGCAGUUCUGUAGUAGUCUCUGAUAUUCAGGUCACAGGUUGUGAGUUUCUCUCAGAAAUCUCUUUCAUGUUUACCCACGAUGCCUUUUAACAACAUCACAGGGUGUGUACAGUCCAUACACCCAGAGUCUGUGUGUGUGUGUGUGUGUGUGUGUGUGUGAACGUUCACGCAACUCCCUGGUUUUAAUCUCAUUAUCUCAAGUGCUUUUAAUGUACGUUUGAAGUUUGUGUUUCGAAACGCUUUCAUCGAGUGUCCAUCAGUUUUAUUUCCCAAACACUGGGACGUGAUUAGAACUAGAAUUCAACUGCUAAUACACCCAAAUGCUAACAGUUAAUAAAAUAGUUCAAGUUUAAAACCUUAACUAAUGCUGAUUUUAUGUAAUUUUUUUUUUUUUUUGGCAUUUUUUUUAAUUAAUUGUUUUAUUUAAACCCGAUUUUUGUCUAAAUGUAACAUUUUGUUGACAUUUUCCAGCAGUUCAAGUUAAUAAAAAUCACAGAAAAUUAUUAUUUAUUUAGUUUUUUAUAAUUCAUUUUGAAAUUUUGUGAAAAUUGAAUACUUAUUAGAUUUAGAAUCCAGAAAUCUUUUUGUUUUAAUUAAAAAAAAAAAAAACCUUCCGAUUUCUAUUCUUUAACUAGUUUCUUUUUGAUAUAUUAAAAUAAAUUCUGGGCUUAAAAAAAAAUAAUUUUUAAUUAUUUUUAAGGAAAAUCUUGUCCUUACUUAUAAAUAGAGCUACUUCAAUCUCUUCAUAUUUAAAUUUCAACUCAUGAAGUUUGAAAUAUUAGAGUAAAUUCUGGUCAAAAAAGAAAUAAAUAAAAAUCCAGCAUGUGGGGCACAGUGUGUUUUAUUUUGCUUCAUGCGGACAUAUUAACGAUCACACGUGUUUAGGGAUUGGUUUCUAUAGUAACACUAGAGGUAAAAAUUAGAAAAACACUUUGUUGUGAUAAACCUUUCGGCUUCUUCGCUGUUCACCUAUAUUUGCAUUUCUAAAUCAAUUGCGUUGUAUUUCUUCAAUAUUUUGUGUUUUCAUUAUGUGUGUGUGUGUGUGUUUGUGUGUGUGUAUGUGUUUGUGUGUGUGUGUGUGUUUUCUGCAAAGAAAUCCUCAAAUCUGUCUGUGUGUGAUUUAAAUCUGUCAGAAAGAAUAAACUGAUCCACUGAU